AUGCAUAAUAGACACAAGUUUUUCCUGGUAGGCCUUAUGGAGCCUUUUCAGCAGUCUUACAAGUUGGAAAGCUACAGGAGGAGAUUGGGAAUUGACACUGCUUUGUGUAAUGUCUCUGGGAAAAUAUGGGCUUUUGUCAAUGAAGAUUACCAAGUUACAGUUAUGAUUGAUAGUGUGCAGCAGCUUACUCUAAAACUGCACAAUGUGAAUUCUGAAGAAAAGUUGAUUGUCACACUUCUAUAUACAAAAUGUGACAGAAUGGAAAGAAUUGAACUUUGGGAAUCUUUGUAUUAUCUGGCUUCUGAUAUGACAUUGCCAUGGCUUGUUGGUGGAGACUUUAAUGUCAUAUGUGAUGAAGAGGAGAAGUAUGGUGGCCUGCCAGUGUCUUUGAAUGAAGUGGAGGACUUUAGACACUGCAUAAAUACAUGUAACCUUACAGACUUGGGUUACAAGGGCAGUGUGUUCACUUGGUGGAAUGGGAGAGGUUUUGAAGAUUGUGUGUUUAAAAGGUUGGAUAGGUGCUUGGGUAAUAUUGAGUUUCAGCAGCUAUUUCCAGGCCUGCAGAUAACGCAUCUGAUCAAGCAAGGAUCAGAUCAUUCCCCACUUUUCAUAGAAUGCAAGGACCAGGUUCCAAAAGUGAGAAAAUCUUUCAAAUUUCUCAAAAUCUGGGCCAAACAUGAAACUUUCAUGGAUAUAGUCAAAGAAAACUGGAUAACUGAGGUGGAAGGCAAUGCCUUCAUGAAAUUCAACUCCAAGUUGAAAAAUAUGAGGAAGGCACUGUCACAAUGGAGUAGAGCAACAUUUGGAGACAUUUUUCAGAGAAUCUCCAAUCUUGAAGAAGUGAUCAAAGUUCAUAAAGGUCUGUUUGAGGAGAAUCCAACUCUGCAGAAUAGAGCAAAGUUGAGACAGGUGGAGGCUGAGCUGACUAGAGUAUAUGCUCUAGAAGAGGAAUACUGGAAACAGAAGGCAGGGCAGUGGUUAGAUGAUGAAAAUGAUAUUGCACAGGAGGCUUUGAGAUUUUUUCAGGAUCAAUUCCAUCAGCAACCAGAAAAUAGAGAUCCUGCAAGAUUUGAUAUCUUGCAUCAUGUCCCUUCUAUGAUCACAAGGGAACAGAAUGAGGACUUGGUUGCAAGUCCUACCAAAGAGGAAGUGAAACUGGCAGUUUUUGGUCUGAGUAGUACUAGUGCAGGAGGACCUGAUGUUUUCACAGGUCUGAUCUAUCAAACAUGCUGGAAUGUUGUUGGUGAUGAUUUAUUCAACAUGGUAUGGGAUUUUCUCAGAGGUGUUGACUUGCCUAGAUACAUAACUCACACACACCUUGUUCUUCUGCCUAAAAAGAAAGAUGUUCAAACUUUUGGUAACAUGAGACCAAUAAGUUUGAGCAACUUUGUGAACAAGGUAAUCUCUAGAGUUAUACAUGAAAGAAUGAUGCAUCUGUUACCAGACUUGAUUUCUCAGAAUCAGGCAGGUUUUGUGAGAGGCAGAAGUAUAGUAGAAAACAUUCUACUAACUCAAGAGAUCAUAACUGAUAUAAGGCUGAGAACUAACAAAGGCAAGAAGAAUGGAAAUGCGGUAGUGCCAAAUGUGGUCAUGAAACUAGACAUGACAAAGGCCUAUGAUAGGUUGUCAUGGCUGUUUCUUACUAAAGUACUGAGGAAGAUGGGGUUUUGUGAAAGAUUCAUAGGUCUGAUCCAUGAGCUCAUAGUAUUGUCAAGAGGUUUGAAUGCAGUUCAUGAUAAUCUGUGGUAUACUGGCUUUGGUUUUCCUAAGUGGAGUCCAAAAAUAAAUCAUCUAGCAUAUGCAGAUGAUACCAUAAUAUUUACAUCUUCUUGUGAGAUCUCUUUGACUUUGAUAAUGGAUGUCCUAACUCAAUAUGAGAAUGCAUCUGGUCAGCUGAUAAACAAGGCAAAAAGUUCAGUAUAUUUACAUGACAAGGUUGAUGAGGAAACUGCAAUGCCAAUCCAUCUACUAUCUGCUAUGGAUGCUCCUUCCUUUGUGAUUAAUAAGCUAAACAAGAUAUUUGCUCAAUUAUUUUGGAGCAAUUCUAUUGGUGAGGUUAACAUACACUGGGCUAAAUGGCAUAAGGUCUGUAUGCCUAAGGAAGAAGGUGGACUUAGUUUUAGAAGGCUGGAGGAUAUGUCUAUGGCCUUGUUUUCAAAACACUGGUGGAACUUCAGAACCAGGCCUUCUUUAUGGAGUUCAUUUAUGAGCAACAAAUACUUAAAAAAGAACAAUCCAAUUCUGGUACCUUGGAAAAGAGGCUCUCAUGUUUGGAGAAAAAUGUUGAGAGCAAGGGAUGCAAUUGAUCAUCUCAUUUGGUGGCAACUCACAAUGGGCUCUUUUUUAUUUUGGUUUGACAAUUGGUCUGGAUUGGGACCACUCUAUUUUCUUACUCCUCCUGAUUUCUACUGUGAUGAAAACAUCAAUAAUAUUGAUGAUGUGGUUAUAGAUGGCAGGUGGAAUGAAAAUAUUCUGAGAAACUGUUUACCUGAGGAACUUGCUGAACAUAUACUGCAUGAAGUACACCCUCCAAGUAAUCCUGAUGAACUUGACAAGCCAUGGUUGACACUGGAAGCUAGGGUUGAGUUUUCUGUGAAAUCAGCUUGGGAGUAUUUAAGGUCUAGAGGCCAUCCUAGGGAUGCAUACAAGAAGAUUUGGGUGAAAGGCCUCCCUUUCAAAGUAGCCCUCUUGAUGUGGAGGGUGUGUCACUUCAAAAUACCUCUGGAUGAUAUGAUUAGAAGCUGGGGAUACCAUAUGCCAUCAAAAUGUUUUUGUUGUGCAGAACCUAAAGAAGAAUCAGUACCAUAUAUUUUUUUGAAGUGCCAAACUGCUCAAAGGGCCUGGUCUUAUUUCUCUGCUGCUGCUGGUAUCAACAUUGCAGAAUUGAACUUGCAUCAAGUGAUUACAAAAUGGUGGACUACUGAUACACUAGCUAGACUGAAGCCUAUUUUUUAUGCUAUCCCUUCUAUAAUUAUGUGGGAGUUGUGGAAGAAAAGAAAUGGGGACAAGCAUGGAAAUAAGGUUUCUACUAGCAGGGUGAUAUAUCAAGCAUCAAGCAACAUCCAACGGUUGGUGAAAUUAAGAAAACCAGGCAUAAGAUCUGUCCCUCAUAGAUGGUUGGAAAUGUUGAAGAUUCUGGAGAAUUUUGUGCCAAAACUACAAAUUACAAAAGUCCUGUGGACUUUACCUGCUGCAGGAAUUUGGAAGUGCAAUACUGAUGGGGCCACUAAAGGGAAUCCUGACAGGAGUGCUUAUGCUUUUUGUGUAAGAAAUUCUGAUGGAGACUUGGUUUAUGCAAGGGACAAGGAUAUAGAGGAAACCACUAACACAGUAUCUGAAACAAUGGCUUUGCUUGGUGCUGCAAGAUUUUGUCUGGAAAAACAUGUGACACUCCUUUAUUCUUGA